ACUGCGCAAUUGCCAGCUAGAACAUUGAAACACAAGAGCGAGGAAGUUAAAAUAAAGAAACAGUGUAGUGAAAUAAACACACGGCUACCGAACACAAGUGAACUAGAUUUAUCAAUAGUAUUGCGUUAUUCAUGGAAGAGGUUGUGUGUGAUAAACACGAAAGCAUUUGCCUGCUGAAGACUGGUGUUCGAGAUGGACCCAACAAAGGGAAGAGUUUUUAUCUGUGUGGAGCGCAACGUGGGGAUCCCUGUGACUUUACAAGGCGAACUGACAUCCCUCCAUCUCACUGCUUGCUUCACGAGGACUCAUUGGUGGAACUACAGGCUCUUAUGAAACAGGAGGAUAGACAACACUACAGGUUAUUCUUCCGGUGUGUUGAAGGAAAGACUGAAAGAAGAAAGUGGUGUGGGAAUAUUCCAUGGCAGCACCCUGAACUGGAAAAAAAAAUCCCCACCUCUGACAGAGAAUCUGAGUUCCUCAAACCUCGAAAGGAGAGGAACCCGUUCAAAGCCCAGAAUGGGAACGGGGAACCCUCAGACUGGAAAGUUCUUCAUGAAAAUGGAGGUGGUAAAGAUGAAGAAAGGAAGGGAGGGGCAGAGAGUGGAUGUGAGACUUUCAGCAAAGAUCCUACAGCAUAUACUGAUUGGAGGAACAGACAACUGCCAGCAGGCAUGAAGGUAAAGAAGAGGUCAUCUGAGGAGGUAGAGAACAGUGGUAAAAAUCCUAAGGAGGCAAUGGACAAGAGUAAAACAGGGGAGGAUAAUUCACCUGCAGAUACAAGUGAAGAUAAAUGUGAAACAGAUCAUUUGGAGAUCGAAGAAGCUUCCCACCUUGAUAACGGACAGUUAAAGGGCACACCAGUCGAAGGGAAGAAACCUGUGAGAAUAAGUAAACAUUCAGACCUGAAAAAACAUGAGAAACCAAACAAAGGGGAAAAAUCCGAGUACUCCACAGACACAAAGGAAAGAGAAAGUAUUGGUGAAAUGCGCUUGAAAGAUUCAUCAACAAAGGAAAGGCAAUCGGAUCAGAAAAAAGACCAUGCAAGCGAGACUCACAAAAAGGAACAAAAGCAGAAGGAAGCCAGUCGAGAGAACAGCAGUGAAUUUUCAGAGCGAACUGGAGUGACCAGAAAAGAAUCGCCAAAGACAAAAGAAACUAGCGUUUAUCUGGAGAGGAAGAAAGAGACUUCAAAUAUAGAGCCAUUGAAAGGGCAGCCUUCAGCUGAUGCAAGAGGAACACACAAGUCAUCUGGUGAACAUGUGCUGGAGAAAGGAAAGAGAGUUGAGCAGAAGCAUGGGGAUGUUAUUGUUAUUGAUGAUGAGGAUGAUGUGAUGGGUUUUGCACAGGCUAGACAGAAGCAGCCAGUUGCAGUGGCUCCAGUGAAGCCUGCUGUUAGCAUGGUGCAAAAAACUAUUACAUCUUUCCCUGGAUUUAAUUCUGCAUCUCAGGUACAACCUAAUUCUAUGGCUCUGCAUAACCAACUUUCAACUCAACUCAAACAGAAGAAGGCCACUAUGACAACUGUGAAUCUCUCGGCUCUUCCUGAUAAAGGCCAAAGGCUUUUAAACCAAGUUAAGGAACUGGAAGAUGCACUAGGCUCACUGAAUUUAACUCCUGCUUCAGACUGUGAUGGGAAUCAAGUUGGCACUGGAAACAGUUUGUCAAUGCAUCAGGUAUCCGUUCCAAGCCAGUUUAAUCCAUUCUGUCGAACCAGUAGUGAUCAGAAGGGAAUCAUCCUAUUGGACAAGCCACUGCCCUAUCAGGAAGCUCAUUCAGGAACUCUGGGGCUGCAGUUUCAUGGAGGUCCUUCCUUUAGCCAGGGCUAUAGCCAGACAUAUGGAGUAAACUCACAAUACAGCGCUUUGUAUGGAGGUCGUAUGACUGACGACAGGCGCCUGGCUGUCCGUAAUGCAACUGCUGAUGCUAUCGACCAUCUACAUAAAUCUCUGGAGUCCUGUCCUACUGCAGAAACAGAAGCUGAGGACCCAAAGGGGCUCAAAGUCACCCUGCUGCCUCACCAGAAGCAGGCUUUGGCAUGGUUACUUUGGCGGGAGAAUCAAAAACCAUGUGGAGGAAUUCUGGCGGAUGAUAUGGGUCUGGGGAAAACGCUGACGAUGAUUGCACUGAUUCUGUCUCAGAAAGCCAAAGAAAAGAAGGAGGAAAAGGAAGACAAAAAGCAGGAGGGAUGGAUUUCAAAAAAUGAUUCGUCAUGUGUGAACUCACAGGGGACUUUAAUUAUCUGCCCUGCCUCUCUUAUCCACCACUGGAAGAAAGAGAUAGAGAGGCAUGUCAAAGGCAGUAAACUGAACGUGUAUGUGUACCAUGGAGCAAACAGAGAGAGGAAUGCAAAGGUCCUUGCAGAAUACGAUGUGGUAAUUACAACUUACAGUCUGGUGUCCAAGGCGAUUCCAGUGAAGAAGGAGGACGGCGACAAACCAGCUAAAGAUGAUGACGACCAAGACGUUUCCUUACCUCGUCAACCUCUAGUACAAGUAACCUGGCGCCGAAUCAUCCUGGAUGAAGGUCACAACAUCAAAAACCCUCGUGUGCAGACCUCCAUGGCUGUGUGUAAACUACGGGCUGGGAAGCGAUGGGUUGUGACUGGGACUCCCAUUCAGAACAACCUGCUCGACAUGUACUCGCUGCUGAAGUUUCUCAGGUGUUCGCCCUUUGACGAAUAUAAGCUAUGGAAGAAUCAGGUAGACAAUGGCUCAAAGAGGGGAGGAGAAAGACUGAAUAUUCUCACAAAAACCCUUCUUCUGCGGAGAACCAAAGACCAGCUUGAUUCCUCUGGAAAACCUUUGGUCUCUCUGCCUGAACGUUGCUGCCAAACCCAUCGCCUGAAACUUUCUGAGGAUGAACAGUUGGUCUACGAUGUAGUUUUUGCACAGUCCAGAUCAGCACUACAGUCGUAUCUGAAGAGACACGAAGGUGGGGAGUCCAAACACAGUGGGCAGGCUGAUAACCCCUUUGACAAAGUGGCACGAGAGUUUGGUGCAAGUCAGUCUGGUUCCCAGUCAAAGCCUCAGCCCCAAGCCUCCAGCACAGUGCACAUUCUAUCCCUGCUGCUGCGACUGCGGCAGUGCUGCGGACACCUUUCCCUGCUUAAAAAGACCCUGGAUCAUACAGAGCUUCAGAAUGAAGGCAUCACUCUUUCACUGGAUGAGCAGCUCAAUGCCCUGUCCCUCUCGGAAGUGUCCAGCCCUGACCUGAAAUCUACCGUGUCUCUGAAUGGGACCAUGUUUAAAUCUGACCUUUUUGAUGACACCAGGGAGAGUACUAAGAUAUCUGCAAUACUUGCUGAGCUGAAAGCAAUUAAAAGUGGUCCAGUUACUCAAAAAAGUGUGAUUGUAUCACAAUGGACAAGCAUGCUCCGUAUUGUUGCUGUGCACCUGGACAGAAUUGGUUUACGUUGCGCUACAAUCGAUGGAUCUGUCAAUCCCAAAAAGAGAAUGGAUCUUGUAGAGGAAUUCAACACCAACCCCAAAGGACCACAGGUUAUGCUGGUGUCUCUCUGUGCUGGAGGAGUUGGCAUAAACCUGAUUGGAGGAAACCACCUCUUCUUAUUGGACAUGCACUGGAACCCAGCUCUGGAGGACCAGGCCUGUGACCGUAUUUAUAGGGUAGGACAGAUCAGAAGUGUAACCAUACACAGGUUUGUGUGUGAGGGGACUGUAGAAGAUAAGAUCACAGAACUUCAAGACAAGAAAAAAGAACUGGCAAAGAAAGUGCUGUCGGGAACAGGAGACUCCUUCACCAAACUUACAUUGGCCGACCUCAAGAUCCUUUUUGGUGUCUAGGCAUAAAGGACUAAAAUCUAAAGUGUAGCCUGUUUGUCUUUUCCCUUUCCACUGAGAAAUAAGGGACAGCAAUUUGUUUGAGUUCCUCUGAGUUUGGCAUAGCUAGUCAGAAGAUUAUGAUGAAUGAUUUAUGUCUCGAAACUUACUUUGUCACACCUAAGCUUAUGACCUCCCAUGACAUCACGCUGCGAUGGACCAUUUUGGUGUUCGUUCUUCACAGAUUGGUAUGAUCACAAACCACCAAUGUCAUAACUUCACACACUUCGUGCACUUAAAUGUUUUUGGAACGUGAUUUUGUUUUUAAAAACGUAUUACUGUUUGUAGAAGUUAUUUCCUCUAUUGUUGAAAUGUGUCUACAGUAAUGCUUUUUUUUUUUUCAAAUGAAUAAUUGAUUUAAAUAUGAGAUACAAAGAUAUUAAAAAAUAAUUUACAGCAUUACUGGUUUACAUUAAACUUGGCAGAAAUAAACAUUCAGGAUUCAGUUUAUUUAUUUUCUAAUUUGAUUUCAAACAUAAUUUAUUAUUGCAAGUGCAAACCGUGCUGUUUGCAUGUGCAGUACAUCUAUGGCCACCCUAUUGAAUUACCUCAUUUUGUUUCAUAAAGUAGAAUGAAAUCUGCUGAAUAAUGUUACAUUAACAUUG